CGUGCGCGCCCCCGCCUGCCUCUAUAAAAUCGACAUACAUGAAAAUAGUUCUACAUUUAUUGAUCUCGCGCCGCGCUUGUCGCGUCACGUUUGUCUAACAAUCGUGAUAUCAACACACCUUAAUAAUAAUUAGUAUUUAUUUUAGUUUUUUUUAACGAACGUAGACGUAAAAUAGAAUAAAAAUGGCAUACCUACAAUCGAUGCCCAAAUCUGAAACUAUCAGGCUGCGUGAAAAGCAUGUGGGUGCUGCGUGCCAACUUUUCUUCCGAUCGUCUCCCCUGAAAAUUGUGCGCGGUAUCGCUCAGUACAUGUAUGAUGAAACUGGCGAGAGAUAUCUCGACUGCAUCAACAAUGUUGCACACGUUGGACAUUGUCACCCACAUGUAGUGGAAGCAGGCAGAAACCAAAUGUCUCUUAUUUCCACCAACAACCGUUACCUUCACGAUGAACUGGUAAUCCUUGCGGAAAGGCUCGUCAAAACCUUACCAGAACCUUUGUCCGUCUGUUUCUUUGUCAACUCCGGAUCAGAAGCUAACGAUCUUGCCUUAAGGCUUGCCAGAAUACAUACCAAGAAUAAGGAUGUUAUUACCCUUGACCACGCGUAUCAUGGCCAUCUUACGUCUAUGAUUGAUGUGUCUCCAUACAAAUUUAACCUACCCGGAGGGCCCGAGAAGCCAGAGUGGGUUCAUGUGGCACCAGUUCCAGACAUAUACAGAGGAAAAUACGUAUACCCCAAUGACUCUCAAGUUGAAGAAGAGUUAGGAAUACUGUAUGCCGAUGAAGUUGGCAAAAUCUGCAAAGAGAGUAAGCGCAAAAAUGGCGGCGUUUGCGCAUUUAUUGCGGAAAGUCUUCAAAGUUGUGGGGGUCAAAUCAUCCCACCUGAUGGUUACCUCAAAAGAGUUUUCGAGCACGUUCGUGAGGCUGGCGGAGUUUGCAUAGCUGAUGAAGUCCAAGUAGGAUUUGGACGUGUUGGUACCCACAUGUGGGCAUUUGAGACACAAGAUGUGGUGCCUGAUAUUGUCACUAUGGGCAAACCUAUGGGCAAUGGGCAUCCAGUGGCAGCUGUUAUUACCACACCUGAGAUUGCGAAAAGCUUCGCUGAUACCGGAGUGGAGUAUUUUAAUACGUACGGAGGCAACCCUGUCUCAUGCGCCAUUGCCAAUGCAGUGUUGGAUGUGAUUGAAGAAGAGCGUUUGAUGGAGCGCGCUAACCGAGUCGGCAACCACUUGCUAAACCGGUGUCAACAGCUCAAACAUAAACACAGCUUGAUUGGCGAUGUUCGUGGAAGAGGACUUUUCGUUGGAGUCGAACUCGUGACUGACAGGGAGACAAGGACACCUGCAACUGCUGAAGCUAAACAUGUUGUUAACAGGAUGAGGGAAGAAAAGAUUCUCAUAAGCCGUGAUGGUCCAGACAGCAAUGUAUUGAAGUUCAAGCCACCCAUGGUGUUCUCAACGCAGGAUGCUGAUAGGCUUGUUGACACUCUAGACAGAGUUUUGGAAGAACUGGAUGGAAACAGGGCGCCUGUUACUAGCAUCAAACUCCAGGUGCUAGUGACGCCUAUCGACGAAACAAAAACAGAGUCGUCAGCUUUAAAUACCAACGUUAAACAGAGCAUUACGAGUUCGUGACUAGAAUAAUAAUUUUUUAUCAUAAAAAUAACUUAAGUAUUAAUCGAAAUAAGGCUGUAAAUAUAGUUAUGUAAGUUUAUAUAAUAAACUCUAAAGAUAAGUACUUAAUAGACAAAGGGAUUUGUAAAAUUGCUAAAAAAAAUUGUUAUACACAUUAGUGUUUACUUGUGUACAGACGACAUAGCUCAACGUAGUUCUUUCUAUGUAAAAAACUUUAUUGUUUUGGUAUAAAGUAAAAAAUCGAAUGAAAAAAUUUACAGAUUGUCGGUUGCCCUGCCGUCUGUACGUACGUAUACCUUUAUUUAGGAUAAUAAAGAUGUGAUGAUGUUUAGUUUUAAGAACUUAAUUCGAAUGUAAAGAAUCAAUGCAAUAUUUUUUUACCAUAAAUUGAUAUAAAGAUAUUUUUAUACUUAC